UGAAAGAAGAGUCGUUAAAGAGCUUUUUUUUUGUGUAUUAGAGAAAAAUAAUUCGUCACAUUUAUAAUUGUGUAUUAAUUGCAUUAUAUCGUGUAAAUAUAGUGAAUUUAAUUGUUUUUGAUAUUGUUGGACUUUAUAUUUUUCAUCAGAAACUGAUUGCUGUUGCAGGCUAACAGAUAAAAUAGUGAUACCCGUGAAUUAUGGUAGAAAAAACAAUUAUCAGUCAUUAGUGUAUAAAUUUUAUUUUGUACAUAAUAAACAAAAAAAAAAAUAAAUAAAAGUCAUUGAUAAGAUAAAAAUCAAAAGGACAAUAAUAAUGUACAAUAAUCAAAGUCUCGAUGAGAGAAUUCAGGGGAGUGUCUGUAGUAAUGACAAUUACGAUUACAACACUAAUGAAAUAAGUGGAAAUCGUUAUUUCAUGAAAUGGAGUCCACAGGAAGAUAUGAAAUUCUAUUCAAAAAGUCGUUAUGGUUCACCGAGAAUGCUUAGUAAAUCGGUGCCAAGAAAAAAUAAAAAUCUCGCACGAUGUCGAAUAAAUCGUUCAUUAAAUUUUGACGCUGGAUUAAUGAAAAGUGAUUUAAAAUUUAAAUCAUCACCAAAUACAAGUUUAGAUAGUAUUUGUUGUGACGAUGAAAAACAAUUAUCGCGAUCGGCAAAAAUUAUGAAGGCCUUAAAUUUUGGUAGCUUUGGUAGUGGUGGUGGUGGUGGUAUUGAUGGUAGUCCAAUUAGUACUAUUGGCAAGAAAAAAGUUAAUAAAACAUUAAAUUUUAACUUUAGUCCAAGUCCAAAACGAUUGUCAUAUUAUAAUAAUCGUAGUCCAUGUAAUAUUGUACAUUUAAAUUUGAGUACAUCGUCACCAAAAAUUGGUAAAUCAUUGAAUUUUGAAGCGAGUCCAGCCGAAUCAAAUAUCAGUAGUAUUUUAGGUACAUCAAUUGAUUCUAUUGAUGAAAAUCAAAAUCAAACACCAUCAGAACGACGUAGAAGUGUUAAAAAAUCAUUAAAAUAUCAUAAUCAUCAUACACCACAGAGAAAAACAAAUAAUCAUCCAUUUGACUUUAUUGAUAAAUCACCAUUAUUACGCUCUGAAUUGAGGGAAAAAAUUGACAAUAUUAUUAAAAUAUCGACGCCCAAUAAGCAAACAUUAAAGAAAACACAUAAAAAAUCACCGUUUAUUAAGGAAAUUUUUGUCAGUACACCGCGAAAUUUAUAUAAUGAUUUUGAUGAUGUUGCAUCAUCGGGACCAAGAACGCCAAAAAAUAGAAUUCAAUUGAUUCCUCAAAGUAUGAGUGCGAUUAAGAAAAGUCACAAAAAGGAACGAUUUCCUCGUCUAGCCGAGGCUGAUGAGCAGCUCGCUGAAAAAUUAGACAUUUCAAACGAACAACGACCAUUAACGCCGCCAAUUGAAGAAACAACAAAAACUUCAAUAUUUGACGUCAAUUCAAUAAAACGAUCUCACAAAAAAGAUAAAAGUCAAAAAUCACCUUUCAAUCGUCAAGAGGAUGAAUCAUUAGACGGAUCAAUUUUUUCUUAUUCAGAAAUUGAUAAUUUCUGCAAUGAUGAUGAUGAUAAUAAUAAACAAAAUUUCAUUGACAAAAAACAAGAAAAUUUGAAAAUUUCCAAAAAUACAAUUCUCACACCAACAAAAUUAAACUACGACAAUGAUUCAAAUUCACAAGAAAUUUCUAAAAAAAAUGAUGAAAUUUCAAUUUCACCCAAAAAUGAAACACGACCUUCAACACCGAUAAAUCGUAUUGAUUUACUAGAACGUGUUAUUGGAAGUUCAAUAAAAAAAUCACACAAAAAAUUGAAAGACGAAAAUAAAAAAAGAAUUCUCGCAAAAAAUCAUGAGAAUAGUGAAUCAAAAAUUGAAGCAUCAACAUCAAAUACAGAACAACGAUCGACAACACCGGAAAAUAUAAAUUCAAGUCGUCUUCUUCUUCCAAUGUUUAGUUCAGUGAAAAAAUCACAUAAAAAAGACAAGAGAAGUAAAAUUUUAUCAAAUUUUGCGAGACGACAAAAAAUAUUUAGUUAUGAUCGUGAAAAAAUUUCAUCCACUUUUUCCACAUCGACAAAUUCAAUUGUCGAUGAUGAUAAUGAUGAUGAUGAUGAUGAUGAUGAUGAUGUUGAUUUAUUGAAAAAUAAUUCAUACGACAAUUUUGAUAAUCAAUUAUUAUUAUUAAAAUCAUCACCAUCGCCACAAAAAAGAAAAUUAUCCAAUUCCUCAAAUCUUGAAGAUGAAUUUCAUCCACUUUCAAUGAAUGAUUCAAAUUCUAUUGAUUAUAAAUCAUCGAAUGAGGAAUUUCAAAUUUUCACACCAAUUAAGAAAAAAAAAUCUGCACCCAAUCGAAAAUUCACUGACAAUGAAUUAAAUAGUCAAUUAAAUCUUCCAUUGAAUCGUUGUGAAACGCCAAUUAUCGAUCAAAGUGAAAUAAUUGAUGAUCAAUUUAUUAUUAUUACACCGGAGAAAAAUGAAUCAUCGAAAAAUAAAAAAGAAAAAAUGAAAAAAAGAAAAAUAAAUCAACAAAAAUUAACACCAAAAAGAAAUGAAAAAUCAGAGAAAAAAGUAACACCAAAAAAUAAUAAAUCAGCAUUGGAAUUAAUGGGAAAUAUUAAUUCUGUCAAGAAAUCACAUAAAAAAGAAAAAAAAGGUAAUCGUUAUUCAUUUAAAAAUGAAACAAUUGAAAAUUUUCAAAUAGAAACACCAUUAAAGGAAAUUAGUACCGAUUUAUUGAAUGUAUCAAAUUUUUUAACACCAGAAUCAAGUCUUCACAGUAUAAAUAUAAAUAAUAGUAAUAAUAAUAAUAAUAAUAAUAAUAAUAGUACCAGUGAAACAAGUUUUAAAAAUAUAUCACAAAUGGCAACGAAAUUUUUACAAACCUAUGAAGAAUAUGAUGGUUCAAAACCAUCAACAAGUUAUGAAAUUAAUAAUGAUAAGGAAAUUGUUGUGAAAAAAAAAUCUAAGCCAUUAAUUACAACAACGCCACCGAAUUUAUUGAAAACAAAAAAAUAUCUUAAAAGUCAACAAAGUGAAUCAAUUAAAAAAUCACAUAAAAAGAAACGUGAGGAAUUUAAAAACAGUUUAAUUAUUCAAGAUCAUGAAUUGUCUGAUGAUGGUUCUAUUUUUACUAAGGAAGAUAGAAUGGAUGAUGAUGACUUUUCAACAGAUCGUGCAAUAAAUAAAAAGAAAAAUACAGGAACAAUACCGAAGAAACUUAAUCGCACUUCAAUUGUUAUUAAUAUGAAUGAAAGUCAUCUUUUCAAUGAAAAAAAGGUACGAUCAACUCGUCGUUCAAGUCGUCUCAUUAGAAAUAUGUCAAAUGAUGGCUCGCUUUUUGGUUCCGAUGAAGAAGGGCACUAAAAUUCAUCACUUUUAAUGGAGAAAAAAAAAUAAUCAAGUCUGAUUACAACUCAGUAAGAGAGUAUAAAACUAAGACUUUUUUUUGGUAAAUUAAAGAUAUCAUCAAUUUAAAUGAUUUCAAGGUAAUCUUUUUUUAAUCUUUUUCUUUUUUUUAUUUUUACUUAAAAGAAAAAGAACUUAUAAUUUUUCAUUAUGUCUUUGAAUAAUAGUAAUAAAAAAAAAAAGAAUGAUUUUAAAUCGUUUCUGACAUUUAAAUCUCUAAAAGUAAAAAUGAAAAAAUUAAUCUUAAUUUAAAAUAAUAUAAUUUUAAACGAAAAUUUCAAUUAAUAAUAAAAAAGUAUUUUGAAACACAUUUUUUUAAAAAUUAUUAUCUAACAAGAAAAAGU